AACAUUGUAUUUUAGUUGGCCAAGAAAGGAACCCUUAAAUCUCGAAAGUUGGCAAGAACAUAUUGAUUGUACCUGAAUGAGGGCAUUAUAGUCAUUUUCUCUUACCAAAUGAAUCUAACAUUUCUGACUAGUUGAAAUUAUUGCACUUUUUUUCCAACAGUCUUUCAUUAAUUUUUUUAUCCAGAAUAAUAAAGUUUCUUGAUAAUUAGUAGUACUUGAGUGGUUAGUUAGUUUCUUGCAUUGCUUUUUUUCAUCAUAGGAAAGAAGAAGAUGAUGUUGUUAUGCAAGAUCCACUGUCCAUUGAUGUGUUUCUGCAAACCCUCUCCCGAUAAUUCAUCGUCGACAGUUUACGCCGAAGAAGAGAGUGUGAUUGUGAAGAGUGACGCGAAGAUUUUACUCAAAAGCUGUAUCAAAAAGCUCGAUUCUUGCACCAUCUCCGUUAACGAAGGUGCGAAGAAACGAGUGCAUUGGAGGGAUAACUUGGGGGAAGAACUUUCUGAGAUCACGGUGUUUGAAUCCAGUGAAACAGGGUAUACCGAUAACGAAGAAGGAAGCAGCCAUUGUCUAUGUGUCAUUCUAUGAUGUUUGCUCCGAUUCGGCAUUUUUUUUAUGGAGGGGAGAUAUUUGACGAGGCAUUUGUGACCGUUGAUCCAAGAUUCUUCGUAAAACAUAAACGCGUACACGUGUUAGUACUGUGAGUUUCAUCUUUUGGCUUCGAAGAAGAGAAUUAAGAUUUUUCUUGCCUCUGCCCAAACUGUAAAUUACCGUUAAUUUGCUAGAUCGAAGAUAAUGACGGUUCAAGAAACGGAGAAAAAAUAUAAUUGUCUGUAAAAUAAACAACCUAUUGACCGGCUCAUUGACCAAAUGUCGAUUGUUAUGAACCUGCAUUAGUGAACAAAAAUAAAAAAUAGUUUCGAAAAAUUUGCACUACUCGAUAUUUUCACAAAUGGUAUUAUCUUAUUCCUUCUUAAACUUUACGAACGAGAUUCUAAUAGUACAAAGAGAGCAGAUACAAGUGUAACGGAUGCAAUUGAAAGAAACAA